GGGAGGGUGGGCAGCCCGACAGCGGGAGGAACUGGAACGGACUGCAGAAAUCGGGCCAGCCUCUCUUGGUGCACAGCUGGAGAGACUGAGGCCCAGAGAGGGGGCGCGGUUUGCCCAAGGGCGCACAGCAGGCCAGGCGCAGAGCUGGCUUCUCCCCAGGGUGAUGGGGCUGGCGGCGGCAGAGCCAGAGCCUGUUGCCGUGCGACCCUGGACGGGACUUUUCCCUGCUCCUUUCCCUGGUUUUUGUUGAAAGUCAUGACAGGUUGGAGCGGAUCAUUGCCUAGUUUCAAAACCUUCUGCUUCUGGGUGAGAAAGUUGGAGAGGAAGGUUGCUGAUAACAAACCGGAGCUAUUGGGGUGCUGAGGAGAGAAACUGAGACAGGCUGCGUGAAAAGAGACAUUGUCCCUGUCCUCUAGAACAGAACGAGAAGAAAUGGCCCAAACUGAAGCACGAAGGACUGAGUGCCCUGACUGCGGGUCAGGACCUGUGCUGCAUGGGCACUGCCAUCACCAGCGCUUCCCAGAACCCCGUCGUCAGGGAGCCAGACCUGCCGCUACCUCCACAUGGCUGCAGGCAGGAUGGUUGGUGCUGAGAGGAGCCGGCGGUGACUCUGGUGCCCAUGGUGGCAGCCCUGUCUCCCGAGGAUGAAGCAGCCCAGGUGAAGUACAGGCCGGGCCCCAUGGCCAGCUCGGGGACGCAGGUCCACUGGGCCGGGCCGGGCCUGGGGGAGGGGUCCCGGCGGCGGCGCUGGGCCUGGGCCGAGGAGCAGCAGGAGGCGGAUGGGUGCGGCCCACACAGCUGGGGAGAGGAGGGCCCCUUUGCCAAGGCCACCAGCCCCGAGCUCCUAGACGACUUCCACCUGGCCCAGCAGCGCCUGCAGCCGCUGGAGUGGGAUGCGGAGCCGCGGCCCGACGGGCGCCAGGAUUCCGGAUCCGGAGAGUCUGCAGGAGAGGAAUUCGAAGCAGAGGAUGUGGACGGCCCAGAAAGUUCCAACUUGCCUCUCAACUGGCUCCCCCAGCAGCAUCCUCAAGCAGACGUGACUGAGGAGGAGCCAGAUGAGGCGCUCGGAGGUCCCGAGGUCGAGCCAGCUGGAGAGAGCUCCCCGAGAUUGGAGCGUGAGACUGAUCUCAGCUCGGGGGGCGAUGGAAACGCCAGCCCCGUGGCUCAGGGGUGGAGUCAGGCCACAGGCUGGGUGGCUUCUGGUAAACAAGCCAGUGGAGACAAACUUCCAGAACAUUCUGAGGUCAACCCAACUGUUGAUCUCAGCUCUGUUAGGUCCUGGAGCAGUGGGACCGUGAGCCUUGACCACCCCAGUGACAGCCUUGAUUCCACCUGGGACGGAGACACCAGUGUCCCCCAACCCACCGCCCUGGCAGAAACUUUAUCACAGAGCCCCAGCCACCACCUCCUAGAUGCGGACGACAGAACUGGGGGAAGCGUUGCUGUGGCAACCCCCUUGGAGUUCCAGGACUCUUCAGCAUCCCCGGCCCACAGCCUCCGGUGUCCUGCAGGUGCAUGGAGGAGAGAAGCCACCAGCCUCUCCUGCCCUCAGCCCAGGGACAGAGCCUGGAAGCGGACCCGGCCAUCACCGAAGCCGCUCCCUUCCCGAUUCACCGGUACCAUCAGCCCCCUGAAUUCUCCGCCAAGGCCCGCCCGGCAGGACAGGCCGCCACCCAGGCAGGGAGCCACUCUGGCUGGCCACUCAUCUUCUGAUACCCCCAAGUACGGCCGGGGGCGGCUGAACUACCCGCUGCCCGAUUUCUCCAAGGUGGGACCCCGGGUGAGGUUCCCCAAAGAUGAGAGCUACCGGCCCCCCAAGGCCAGGAGCCACAGCAGGGAGCCUCAGGGCCCUGCCAGGCCGCUGAUCUUCAAGUCACCUGCCGAGAUCGUGCAGGAGGUGCUGUUGAGCAGUGGAGAAGCCUGCCUGGGGAAGGACCCACCACCCGCCCACCCCAUCACCAGGGUACCGCAAGAAUUUCAGACACCUGAACAAGCCACCAAGCUGGUCCAUCAACUCCAGGAGGACUACCACAAGCUCCUCACCAAGUACGCUGAGGCCGAGAACACCAUCGACCAGCUGCGCCUCGGGGCCAAGGUGAACUUGUACUCGGACCCGCCCCAGCCCAGCCACAGCAUCCACAUGGGGACAAUGCCCCAGGGGACCAAGGUCCUGGCCUUCACCAUCCCACAGCCGCACUCUGUGGAGCGGAGGCUGGGCCCCACCGAGGCCCUGCCAGCCGCUGAGGCCUCAGAGUGGCCAUCAGCUCGAGGAGACCUGAGCCGCCCCUCUGCCACCAGCUCGAGCACCCCAGGCUGUCUUCUGGAAAACCUGGGCAUCGCCCAAGACCAGCCCUCCGCGGAGCCGACCGAGGCACUGGCUUCUCAGGCCAGGUGGUUCCUGGCCAAGGUGGAGUCCUUCAUGGCCCUGAUGCAGACAGGACGGCUGACGCCCCGGGACCAGCUCAAGGGCUUCCAGCGGCUGAAGGCUGCCCACGCAGCCCUGGAGGAGGAGUACCUGAGGGCCUGCAGGGGGCAGCCCCUGGCCCAGCAGCCCACCGGCUCCGAGGGGACGCCUGGGAAGUUCGACCCUGGCAGGGAGCUGGAGGCAGAGAUAUUCCAGCUGGGGAUUCGCCUGGAAGAGCUGAAGGACCAUGUGGAGCAGAACCAGCAGGAGCCGGAGCAAACCGGGUCGGACUCAGCUCUGGACAGCCCCCCAGCCACGCCCUCCCCCCACCAGCCGACCGGCCUGCCCUCUCCUUCCGGACAAGCCCCCGAGCUGGCCACCCAGAUCCUCUGCCCUGAGCCUGACGCCCCCAGCGUCGGUCCCUGCCCGUUGCACGUGAACGUGGAGCUGAGCGCGGCCAGCAGUGAGGUGGGGGACACGCCACUGGGCCUCCCGGCCCCACUCAGGCCCACGGAGCUGCUGAUGGAGCAGGAUUUCCACGGCCUCCUGGAGCGGUACCUCAGCGUGAAGUCCCUCCCAGAGGCCCUGAGGACGGAGGAGGAGGAGGCGGAGGCGGAGGGUCAGGGCCACACCCAGGAAGUUGACGGCCUGGCUCCCCCUCCAGGGAAGGCAGAGGCCACCAGGCUCCCCACAAGGGCGCUCCCGGCGCAGGCCGAGAGAAGUCACGGGGCCCCGCUCGAAGAGACCCUGGAGCAGAUGGUGUCUGGGAAGCCAGCAGGCUCGCUCACAUCCAUGGCUAGAGAUGGGCACCCACAGGGCCUGGGCAAAGCUGAGGCGGCCUCUCCAGGCCCUAGAAGACCACCCCCCGCUCGGGACACCAAGUGCGCUGCAUCCCACCAGAGCAGUCUGACCAGCCUAGAGGGAAGUGGCAUCUCUGAGCGCCUUCCACAGAAGUCUCGUCACCAAGCGGGCAGGCCCCACGUGGAGGAGCCCUGGAUGGCAUCCCCCGAGACAGACAGUGGCUUCGUGGGCUCAGAAACCAGCAGAGUGUCGCCCCUCGCCCAGACCCCGGAGCACCGGCUGUCCCACAUCAGCGCCCCAGGGCCACUAACCCAGCCCUUCACUGCGUCUGCACCCCGGAAUGCAGCCUCCCACCCCCAGACCAGGGGUCCUCCGGUCCCCAGAAGAGUCGCUGAGCCCAGCACACCCAGGAGCCGAGCCCAGAGGCGCCCCUCCGGCCGGGACAGUCCCCGCCGGCAGAGGGCACCCAGCUUCCGCCUGGAGCGGGCACUGGCGGCCGAGAUGGCGCUCCCAGGCUCCGAGCUGGAGGGGCGAAAGCGGGUUUCUGAACAGCGGCCCCGCAGCACGACCGUCAGCCCGCCCAGCACCCCGGCCCCUGCACCUGCCGUUCUGCCCUGUGGACUGACAGAGACCACCUCCACCCUACUGCUCACCAGGACAGGGCGAGACCAGGCCAUCCGGGAGCUGCAGGAGGAGGUGGCACGGCUCCGUCUGCGGCUGGAGGACAGUCUGCACCCGCCGGCCCCAGGCAGCCCCACGCGCCCUGCGUCUGCCUUCAACCGCCCUGCCCGGGCCCGCGCCCGUCCAGCCGAGGCCUCAGCCCCCUGGGGCCCCCACUGUGGCAGUAAAUCCACAGAGAGACUGUCUGGUGAGCCUGGAGGUGCCGAGCCAGCUGUCCCGGCAGGAAGGCGGCGGGCCAGGUCCUCCUCGGUGCCUCGGGAGGUGCCCCGACUGUCCCUGAGUUCGGAAUCUGAGCCAGCCUCCCUCCGGCUAUUCUCUGAGAAGAGCAGGACCACCACGGACAGCCCACCCACAGCUGGGGACGGAAUGAGAGGAGUGGGCAGCGCCAGACGGCCAGAUCGGGUCACCUUCCGGGGCCAGUACACAGGCCAGGAGUACCAGGUGCUGACCCCCAAGACUGUCCCCAGAGGCAGUGGCACAGCCUCCUGUCCCCACUGCCAGCCUGUCAGGACCCAGGAUGCAGGCGGUGCUGCCCCCAGGGACCCACCGGGACCGUCUCCCACAGACGUCCUGCGCUGUCCCCUGUGUGGUGGAGCUGGGUCCCGCCCAGAGGGGGACGCUUCAGAUCCUCCCACCUCUGGGGCAGAAAAGGCCUCCACGAGGGGAUGCGCACCUGCGACUUCCAGCCCCAAGCAGAGGAGCCAGCGGGUGGGCUCGCCGUCCUGGCCACCCCCCGGACUGUGGUAUCUGGCCGCCGCGCCCUCAGCACCACCCACUCCCGCGUUGGCCUACGUCUCCCCGGUUCCCGUCCUGCCUUAUCCAUCAGCCACUGUGUUCUUCGCGUCCCCAGGACCUACCUCAGCCCGACCAGCCUCCGAGUGGCACUCCUCUUCCUCCGCCCAGCCGGCCCAGGGCCCCCGGCACUCCGUCCAGCUGGACCUGGAGGACCUGGAGGCCCUGCACCAGGCCCUGAGCCGCGCCGUCGGGGCGGCCAUGCACGUGCGCUCCCGCAGCCGGCAGCUGAGCCGCGCCCUGGAGGCUGAGCUGUGCCAGGCCCCCAGCCUGCGGGGCUCCUGUCCCCUCUACCCCACUCGGAGCCAGGGACCCACGGGGCAGGGUGCAGGCCGCCACUGUUUCUGGGCGAGGAGUCAGCUGAAGCCCCUUCUGAAGGCCCCGGGGACCCUCAGGAGGAGGCCCCCCAGCACAGGCCCUGCCUGCUCAGCCUCAGUGUUCUCAGACCAGAAGGGGCAACACGCUGGUCAUCAAGAGAAGUGGCUGCCCAGGGGACCAGCCCUGGAGCAUCUGCUGGGACCGAGGCUACCCUCCGUCCAGGCGCCACCGUGGGGGCUCCUCGUCCUGCACUUGUCCUCCUCCAGCCAAUAAUAUGGAUUUAUAGACGGAUGGACAGAUGUUGUAAACUGAGGAGGGCUCCUGUCUUGCAUCCUCUGUAGGAGGCCGGAGAAGAAGGGAGAGGCCAGGGGCUCUGGGGCACACCUGCCACCAACUGUCACCAGCCUCUCCGGAGCAGCCGUCUCUGGGACGGACGUGGCUGAGAACCCUCCCCUGGUGACUGGUGGCCCAUGGGGCACCUUGAGACCACUGGGCCAUUGUAGGAUGGCACAGCUGAGGGUGACGUGCGCCCAGCCUCCCCGUGGGUGGCGAGGCCUUUCCCAGGGGCUCCAGGGACAGACACACCCACGGAGGGCCCAGGAAGCCCGCCGCCACGGUCCCUC